AUGGGCGCAACGGCCGCAGCUGUAGUGGCGGGGGCGGUGGCGGGAGCGGGAGCGGGGGCGCAAGCGCGGGACGUGUGCUCGAUGCAUGCGGGGCGUCCUUUGGCGAUCCUGGGCGCGGGAGAUAGGAGCACGGGCGGAGGGGGAAGCAUGGGCGGCGGGGGCUCCAUGAGCGGACGCGGAAGCACGGGCCGGCCGCGGAUCAAGCGGAACUUGACAGCAGCGCAAAUGUGGGUCGCUGAUGAGGCAUGGGAAGAAGGUGGGGGAAUGAGGCGAGCGGGAGCGGAGGGGGUAUCGCAGCAGGCAACUGCAUUGCGGGAGGGGCGGACCAUGUGCGAGCUGCUGCGCGUGCAGCAGCGGGGCAAGGGGCGGCAUCUGCUCAUCAUGGCGCAUGGCUUCGGCGCCAACCAUGCUGUGAGUGCGGGGGAUGGGACUGGACUGGACUGGACUGGGCAAUGGAAGGACGUGGUGGAGCUGAUGAGUCCUGACCGCUUCACAGUGCUGCUCUUUCAAUGGAAGGACGUGGUGGAGCUGAUGAGUCCUGACCGCUUCACAGUGCUGCUCUUUGACUUCAUUGGCGCACACGGCACCCAGUACGACCUGUUUGACCCCGUGCGCUACGCGUCCCUCAAGGGCUUUGCUGAUGACGUGUCACUGCUGCUGGACGAGCUGGGGAUCCAGGCGUCAUCCUCAUGGCAGGAGAUCACGUUCAUAGGGCACCAGCAGGCGGGCAUAGUGGGCCUGCUGUUGGCCCUGCAGAGGCCGGACCUCUUCCACCGAGUCAUCACCCUCGCCUCCUCGCCCAGAUUUCUCUCUGAUGUGGGAUAUGCGGGCGGGUUUGAGCUGCAGGAUCUCGACCAGGUGUUUGGAGUCAUGCAGUCUAACUACACGUCUAACUACACGAUGUGGGCGGCGGGGUGCAUGCCAGUGCUAACACCAGAUGACAUUAGACUCCCCCACGUGCGGGACUUCACCCGUCCGCUCUUCUCCCUGCGCCCAGACGUCGCUUUCGCUCUGCUCAAAACCACCUUCGCCUGUGACGUGCGCGCCGUGCUGCCAGAGCUGUCAGCAUCCCCUGCUGCUCCCACGUAUCUUACCCACACCCCCCCAGUGAUCAGAAUCAUGGCUUCGCUUCGCGUUUUGUUGCUGAUGCUCUGUGUGAUCGCCGCGGCGCACGUACCCGCCGCGACGGCGGAAUUCAACCCCGCUCUUGCCACUCUCGCCGCAAACCCCGAGCAUGACGGCCUUCUCGCCACGGGCAAGGCGCUCACGGGAGACGUGCGCGAAGACGCGAAUGUGAUUAUAGCGAACCGCGCUCUCGCGGCGGAGGGCGGGGAGUCUCCGCAUACGCGCGCUGUUCGCGUUCUGGCGGAGGAGGACUUUCUUUCCCCCGGGGAAGCGGAAGGCGCUGCGUUGGCAGUGGAGGAGUAUAGGCGGAGCCUGAAAAAGAACAAGAAGGGGAAGAAGGGGAAGAAGGGGAAGAAGGGGAAGAAGGGGAAGAAGGGGAAGAAGGGGAAGAAGGGGAAGAAGGGGAAGAAGGGGAAGAAGGGGAAAAAAGGGAAGAAGGGGAAGAAGGGGAAGAAGGGGAAGAAGGGGAAGAAAGGGAAGGGCAAGCAGGGGAAGAAGGGGAAGAAGGCAAAGAAGGCCCUGAAGGCGAAGGCAAAGAAGCUGAGGAAGCAGGCUAAGGCGCUCAUCGCCAAGGCUAAGGCGCUCGAGAAGAAGGCCAAGUAG